AUGUUCAACAGAAAGCGUCGCGACCUUAGCGACGAGGAGCGGCUCAGCGGCUAUGAUCUUGAUUCGCCCGCUUCCCAACGUUGGAAGCCCAAUUACUCUGUCCCGCGCAACUCGCUGGACGACCACAAGACAUCACGUAUCUCUCUUGGUGCAGAUAAAGAGACCUCUGUAGAAAGGCCGCGCCAUGUGCCACAUCCGCUCUCCUUUGGGAGAAAUAGGCGCGACAUGGACACUUUCGCCGAUGCCCGACAAAGCAACGAGGAGGAUUCUGAUGAGGAGUUUUCCGACCCAAAGCUUUGGAUAGAGACGAUAUCUGAACUGUACAUGAACGAACUCGACAAUCGAGCCCGAUGGGACCCAAGAUGGCUGAAUGUGACUCGGAGAGAACGGUUCGAGGGUUUGGAGUCGGUUACUGUUUCGGUUAUCGACUACCUUGCCAAUGACAAAGUGGAAAGAAGGGAACUGAUUGCCACAAAGAAAGAUCUCGCCGCCACUAUCAAUAACCGGCCAGAAGAUUCUCAGGUGAGGGUUAUUAUGGUCAGCGAUUUGAGCCGAUUUGUUAUGGGCGCAUUGGGUCAGCUGUACUCUAUAGAUCCGGAGUUCUGGCACGAGCAACUCAUCACCUCGGGAUACUCUGCAAGCGACAGUGGAUUAAAGCUGAGAAAUGCGGUAUGGAUGAACUGGAACGAGAGAGAAACCCACUUUCGACAUCGUCCUUUACCUGGGAUCGGUCAACGAACGGAAUGGAACUUGUCACGUCGGACAAAGUCUCGAAACUGGGCCCAUCUUCGCUGGGGUCGGCUUGGUGCAAUUCAUUACCUCGGGCGACCUGGUUUUCAUGAAGACGAGAUUGCUGGACGCAUCUCUGACGGGCGUUGGACUAUUGAGCGCGAUGUCGUUGUUGAUAGAAUUGGUCUGCUUUUGACUGACAAGAGGAAGAAGCGUGCAGAGCGAAAGAUCCAAGAAAGAAAGGAGAAGGAGGACAAAAAGAGGACAAAGCACAAGAACCAAGAUAUGUUUGCUGUUCCGGAGCCGCCAAAGUCCACAGUAAAGAUUGAAGGCACGUCAAACAGGGUCAAAAAUUCCAACGUGUAUCGUCCCUACAGUACUUUCUUUCCGAUACUCCGCCAAAACCCAGAGUACUGGAAGAACAGGGAUUUGAGAGUUAUGGCACCGGAAGGGAUGGGAUACUGGACAAGUGUUGAUAAAGAGGGAAAGAAAACAGUCAUCCUGGCCUUUGAUCCACCUCGAAGUAUGCAACACGAAAAAACAAAAGAGACCACGCCGUCUCUAACAUUCAUGCCCCGAGCUAUGGAAUUUGAGUCAUAUACAGAGGAGGAGCUAUGGCGGACAGCUGACCCAGGCGAGACGUAUCUUGACCCGCCGGUAUUUACAAAGAGGAAGCUAGGAGAAAAGGAGAAAUCCAGAAAAAACGGCCUCGACGAGAAAAAAGACAAGAAGGGUGAAAGGUUAGCUUCCACUGGCAUGAACAAAGAGGGCGACACCAACUCUAUCGACACCAGUGAUUCCGAGUACGACGAAGAAUAUCAGAACAACAUCAGAAAGAUCUACAAGUCUCGUCAAUCCUGGGUUCGCGACCGCGAUUUUGCUCGGAAAUAUUCCCUCUCCACCAUGGAUCUCGUGUCCCGAUACGUCUCCAACAUCCCCCCCACCGAGCUUCUCCAGGACGAUUCCACAAUCCCUUCUCUUCUUGCACGCUUGUCUUUCGACGAUACGUGGCAACUUCUUGCCGAGCUCCGUAUUAUGCUGGACCAUAUCGACUCAGACCUCGGCGCGGACCUGCAUCUUCACCUGCUUCAAGAUGCUGGAACCGCCACCCGGCAAAAUAUGGCCUGGAUCCGGUCGACUAUACAAGAGUUGGGCGAGUGGGUAGACAAUAUAAAAAAGUCACAAAGGAUACUCAAUCUACCCGACGAUCUGGAGCAAGAAUUGGUUGAACUUCAGGAAGAUUUGCAGUCUCUACGAACACGCUCAGAGCAAACACUCAACUUCCUCGUCGCCUCAACUGGAAUUAGCCAAUCGGCACUCGUGAUCGAUCAAACAUCUGGUAUAAACAAACUCACUGAACUAGCAUUCUUCUUUGUGCCCUUGUCGUUCAUCACGGCCGUCUUCUCUAUGCAAGUCGCCGAGCUUAACGAUGCGCCGCCCAAAAUGUGGACGUGGGGUUUGUCACUGGGUGUUGUGUUUGUUGUCACAUACAUGAUACGCAUUUUCUUGAGAUCGCCGACCGUCAGAUACUGCGUCAAAGCCAGUCGUGUAACAAUACUCAAUCGCUUCACACCCAAAUCCCGAUCCAUGUCCCUCCGCCUCGACUCCAUCAGCAACCGCGCCAUCACCAAGUUUCUUUUCUUCCUUAUCACGACGUUGUCUUUGGUUUUCUUAAUAGUCAUAAUCUACUUGUUGUCCGGAUUUUUAGUCUUUUUUGGUCUCUGGGUUGGUAUAGCAGGUACAGCGCUGUACUUUAUCAUCACUCGAUGGCCAGAAGCCGCAGUCUUGGCUCCUUGUUUUGUAUCUCUCGUUCUUGCUGGGGUUGGGCUUACGGCAGUUUGGUAUUGGGGCGACAUUUUGGAAAAAGUCUGGGAAAAUUCGAUCGAUAACGCUAUUGACUGGGUAAAGAACCUCUGGCCGGAAGACUGGACGACUGAUUCUGUUGAUGAUGAGGACCUGGAUCGGGAGGGGGUUCCGACGUAUGCUCGACAGGGAAUCUUUCUUCCUUCCAAAUAG